AUUGCACGUUUAUUCUGAAGGAGACGACGCGGAUGUCUUGUCGGUGUUGCUGCAGCUUGAGCACAGGCGAGCCAAGAUGGCAGAGUACCUGGCGUCCAUUUUUGGGACAGAGAAAGAUAAGGUCAAUUGCUCCUUUUAUUUCAAAAUUGGAGCUUGUCGACAUGGCGACCGCUGCUCCAGAUUACACAAUAAGCCGACAUUCAGCCAGACAAUUGCCCUCCUGAACAUUUACCGGAACCCUCAGAACAGUGCCCAGUCUGCUGAUGGCCUCACCUGUGCCAUCAGUGACAUGGAGAUGCAGGAGCACUAUGAUGAGUUCUUUGAGGAAGUCUUCACUGAGAUGGAGGAGAAGUAUGGAGAGGUGGAGGAGAUGAACGUAUGUGACAACCUCGGGGACCACCUAGUAGGAAACGUGUAUGUGAAGUUCCGUUACGAAGAGGAUGCUGAGAAGGCCGUGAUAGACCUGAAUAAUCGGUGGUUUAAUGGACAGCCCAUCCAUGCUGAGCUCUCCCCCGUCACAGACUUCAGAGAAGCCUGCUGUCGCCAGUAUGAAAUGGGAGAAUGCACUCGCGGGGGCUUCUGUAACUUCAUGCAUCUGAAGCCCAUCUCGCGUGAACUGAGGAGAGAGCUCUACGGACGCCGGAGGAAGGGCCGCCACAGGUCUCGCUCGAGAGAGAGGCGCUCCCGAUCCAGGGACAGGGGUCGGGGAGGCGGAGGCGGGGACCGAGUAGGAGGUGGUGAAAGAGACAGAGGCGGUGACAGGGACAGGGGCGGAGGCGGGGACAGAGGCGGAGGCGGCCGUGACCACGAGAGACGCCGCUCCAGAGACAGAGAGCGUUCUGGACGAUUCUGAACCACAAGCCAUGACUACUUGUAUUUUCCCUCCCCGUAUCCCUCCCUAGUCUUUCUUCUUCUCUUUUUUUUUUUUUUUUAAAUGUUUGUACCCUUUCAGAUCUAUUGUAGGUAUAAUUGGAAGGUACCUGAUUUUGAAGCUGUGACAGCAUUGAUGAACCGUUUUUUCUUGAUUUCUGAAAAUGACUUUCACCUCAUUAAAUUUCACAUUUUUACUUAA